AUGCCGUACAACAUUGCCAUGAUCAGCGACUUCUUCUUCCCACAGCCCGGAGGAGUCGAAAGCCACAUCUACCAGCUGUCCACCAAGCUCAUCGACCGCGGCCACAAGGUCAUAAUCGUCACCCAUGCCUACCAAGGCCGCACCGGUGUCCGCUAUCUCACAAAUGGCCUGAAGGUCUACCACGUUCCUUUCUUCGUCGUAUACCGCGAAACCACGUUCCCUACCGUCUUCUCCUUCUUUCCCAUCUUCAGAAACAUUGUCAUCAGGGAGCAAAUAGAGAUUGUGCAUGGCCACGCUAGUCUCAGCAGCCUGUGCCACGAAGCCAUACUUCAUGCGCGGACGAUGGGACUACGCACCGUCUUUACCGACCACUCGCUCUUUGGCUUUGCGGACGCGGCGAGCAUCCUGACAAAUAAGCUCCUCAAGUUCACCUUGAGCGAUGUAGAUCAUGUCAUCUGCGUCAGUCACACUUGCAAAGAGAAUACCGUCCUCCGCGCCUCCCUCGACCCUCUCAUGGUCUCCGUGAUCCCCAACGCCGUCGUGGCCGAAAACUUCCGCCCGCUCUCUCUGCCCACCACAACCCCCUCCGACGGCCUUACCUCCCCAAGCAGCACCCACACCCCAGUGCCGGCACCCCACCACCUCGGCCCCAACUCCACCAUCACCAUCGUCGUAAUCUCGCGCCUCUUCUACAACAAAGGCACCGAUCUCCUCAUCGCCGCAAUCCCACGCAUCCUAGCCUCCCACCCGAAAGUGCGUUUCAUCAUCGCGGGGACAGGGCCUAAAGCCAUAGACCUGGAGCAGAUGAUCGAGCGCAACGUGCUGCAAGACCGCGUCGAGCUGCUCGGCCCCGUACGGCACGAGGAGGUGCGCGAUGUCAUGGUGCGCGGGCACAUCUACCUGCACCCGUCCCUUACCGAAGCCUUCGGCACCGUCAUCGUCGAGGCCGCGAGCUGUGGGCUCUACGUUGUGUGUACGCGCGUCGGCGGCAUACCCGAGGUGCUCCCGGCGCAUAUGACAACGUUCGCGAAGCCGGAAGAGGACGAUCUGGUCGCGGCGACCGGGAAGGCGAUUGCGCUUCUGCGCGCGAACAAGAUCAGGACGGAGAAGUUCCACGAGCAGGUCAAGCUGAUGUACAGCUGGACGGAUGUAGCGGAGCGGACCGAGAGGGUGUAUGAUGGCAUCAGUGGAGUACUGAGCGAAGAGGAGUUUUAUGUCGGAUUCAGGUCUGGCGCGGGGUGGAGCGCGACGAGAGGCAGGGCGGGCGUGCAGAGCUUUGCGCUGAUUGAUCGGCUCAAGAGGUAUUAUGGGUGCGGCAUCUGGGCCGGCAAGCUGUUUUGUCUGUGCGUCAUUGUCGACUACCUGCUCUUUGUGUUCUUGGAGCUAUGGGCGCCGCGGGCGAGUAUCGAUAUUGCAAGGAACUGGCCGAAGAAAGUGGUGCUGCAUGGAUCAGCCAAGCACGAAGAAAGCGGCUCGGGCGUCGCGAGGAAGAGGAGCGCGAGACAUAGGGAGAAGAGAAGGGAUGUAGAGACCGAUAAUUUCUGA